AGAGAGAGAGAGAUCAUUUGAUUCCUAAACCACCAUUUUUUGUGUAGAUUUUUUUAUCUCAUUUUAAUUCGAAAGGAUUCAUUUUGAGUGAUCGAUAUUUGGAGCGAGAGGGUGUAUAAUUUUUGUUUUCUUUUUUUUCUUUUUUCUUUUAAUUGUUGCUGUUGUUGCUAUUUAUUCAUUACAUUUUCGAAGGAGCUUGUUCCGGAGGAGAGAAUGUUGGAGGAUCUUAUCCAACCGCCAUCGGAGAGCCUCUUAAUCGAGGAUAUCUCAAGCCCUAUUGCUGCCCAGAUCCUAGACUUUUGCGACGACGGCAGUGGCGGCGACCUCUUCGCUGCCGCUGCCGCGGUCUCUGACCCACUUCUUCGCUCUUCCGACGACGUAUCGUCAUCAUCCGUCACCACUCCACUUUGCUGCUACGACGAUGAUGCCUCGGCCUCUGCUGCUGCCGCCGCCGCCGCAGCACUCUCCCCGUUCCCCUCCCUCGACUCUGCCACUCUUUCCGCGCUCCUUAGCCCCGAGCAACAUCCCGACCCCGAGCCCGAACUCCUCCCCUCUAUCCACUUUCCAUUCGCGGGUCCCCCCUCUUAUACCACCACCACCAUUGACAUCCACCAUCCGGACCAGUUCAACAACCAGAUAGCACUCAACGACGCCAUCACCGCCGCAGCCGUCUACUCAAAUGACACAAUGCUCCCGAUCCAAAUGGGGGGCCCACCGUCAGCGUCAGCGCUGACGACAGGGUUCGACGACGAGUGCUUUGCAGCGGCGAUGGUGGGAGGGUACAUGGGUCUAGAGGCGGCGCUGUAUCCGGGACCGAUGGCAACCAACGGCGGCGUAGUAGAUGCCCAAGCGUAUUUUACUACUGCUACUACCAGCACUAGUAAUGGGAUGGUGGAGGAAGUGGGAGAGUAUCAAAGGAUGAUGGAGUGUGGAGGGAUGGUGGGCAUCUAUGCAGGUCAAGAUAACAUGCAGAGGGUGUAUAGCUCAGGAGACAUGCAGGUUGUUGGAGGGGGCGGCCAGCAUAUGAUGGGCGGGUGCGGCGGAAGCUCGACGGCGGCCUUACCACCUUCGUCAGAGAUCUCGGGCUUGGACGAUUCCACCUUCAAAGUCGGGCGCCUGUCGGUGGAAGAGAGAAAGGAGAAGAUCCACAGAUACAUGAAGAAGAGGAAUGAGAGGAACUUCAGCAAAAAGAUCAAGUAUGCUUGCAGAAAGACUUUAGCCGACAGCCGUCCCCGCGUGCGAGGGCGAUUUGCUAAGAAUGAUGAGUUUUGCGAGACAACGAGGCCCAGUUCCCAUAAUCACGAAUUCGAUGAGGAAGAGGAAGUGGCAGUGAAGGAAGAAGAAGGUAUACUGGACUCCUCAGAUAUUCUGGCACAUAUAAGCGGCGUGAACUCCUUCAAGUACAACUACACCCUUGAAUCAUGGAUAUGA